AGCGGAAGUUGAUACAUAGCAGGGCGCCUUUCUUCAAAACAACGACAUGAGAUACUGAAUUACAUCUUUUGUCACAAUGCCUCUGUCAACCCAGUCGCAAGGCGAUGCGGAACAGUACGUUUUAGUGGCAUGUUUGGACAAUGCUCGCAAUCUGUCCAACAUACUGAAAGCCAUCACCUUCAAAGACCAUGCCAUCUUCAGCGCCACACCCAAUGGACUGAAGGUCACUGUGGAGGACUCCAAAUGUCUGCAGGCCAAUGCCUUCAUCCAGUCUGAAAUCUUCCAGGAGUACACGAUAAAGGAAGAUUCGGUGGGUUUUCAGGUCAACCUCACUGUUCUGCUGGACUGCCUCAAUAUCUUUGGAGGAAGCACAGCUCCAGGAGUAUCAACAGCCCUGCGGAUGUGUUACAAGGGGUACGGUUACCCUCUGACCCUGUUCCUGGAGGAGGGGGGGGUAGUGACAGUGUGCAAGAUCAACACCCAAGAACCAGAAGAGCCAGUUGACUUUGAGUUCUGCAGCACCAACGUCACAAACAAGGUGAUCCUGCAGUCAGAGAGUCUGAAGGAAGCCUUCUCCGAGCUCGACAUGACCAGUGAGGUGCUGCAGAUCACCAUGUCCCCCAGCCAGCCAUACUUCAGGUUGUCUACAUUUGGGAACUCUGGAAAUGCCCAUUACGAUUAUCCCAAGGACUCUGACAUGAUGGAGCUGUUCAAAUGCACCAAGACACAAACCAACAGGUACAAGAUGUCUCUGCUGAAGCCCUCCACCAAAGCCCUGGCCUUGUCCUGUAAGGUCUCUGUGAGGACAGACAGCAGGGGCUUCCUCUCUCUGCAGUACCUGGUCAGGAACGACGAUGGACAGAUCUGCUUUGUAGAAUAUUACUGUUGUCCUGACGAAGAGGUGGCGGAGGACUGAUCAGUCGGUGGAAUCUCCCUUUAAAUAAGCACCAUAACUUCAGUGGUGGCCGGCUGCUUUGAAUGAGAAGGCAGUACAGCCGGGGUGGGGAGGGAACACAGGAAAUAAAUGCUGGACGUAAUGGGCAUAAUGGUGAAUGAUGGACAGAAAGGGUAGCAUGGUUUUGAUGAAAAUCAACCAGUUCAUCCAUUGCCAACAGACAUUUUGGAGCAUUGCUGCUGGAUCUGGGGAAAGAUAAUGUCCCGGUUUGAUCUUGUUAGGUACCUGUGUGCAGUUAAACCACCAUCGUACAUCAUUUCAUAGACAAAACAAUUGUAUAUAGAGUUACUGUUUAAUAUGGAGACACAGGUGUUUUGGGUCACAUAUCUCUUGCUAUGUAAACAUUGCCUUUAACUUAAUGAGCCAACAAAGUUGUCUAAUUGUGGCCACAUUUGUUCAUACAAUGUUUGUUUUCUAGAUAUUAUACCUUUUUAUGACACAUGCAGUGAGCUAGAUGAUGGCUAAUAAAAUAAGAUAUUCAAUUUAAA